ACGUUUAAAUGUUGGGAGGAAAAUAGGGAAAGAUAAAGUGACAAAAAGUGAGAAGAGAGGAAUUAAUACUGGAAGGUGGUUGUCUGUUGACCAACGUCUCUAAGGACAUGUGGAAGUCAGCUAAGAAAGGGGGUGUAGAGCCUUGGGCAGGAUGAGUUAAGCUGCACUCAUACACACAAGGUUCUGGUCUGCUUGCAGUUUGUGGACGUGGAAGCAAACAUUUUAGAAAGGUCUUAUCUUAUUCUAGGAAGUAAUGUUUGCUAUUAUUUUCAGAAAGCGAGUUAGUCUGUAGCUAAAAUAUCUGGGCAUACAAGAGAUGAAAUGGAUUUAGUAAUGAGGAUUCUUAGCAUAUUAGGCAAGACAAUUAUUAAAUCACAAGUACCUAUUAUUAAGAAAACGUAGAUAUUUGGGGGAAGGAGUUAGAGUCAAGUUUUCACUUCUAGUGCCAAAAAAUAACCAAAUGAGCAGAAAAGGGGAUCAGGGGGCAGAAAGAUGUCCCUAAAUUUCUGUUUUCAAGAAUGUGCCCAAUUGCUAAAUGUCAGAGGAGAAAUAGUAGAUGAUAAGACAGGGAGAGCCUGCUCGGUGAUCUAAACAAUCCACUCACCGCAGGGUUAUGUGUGUCUGCGGAGGGAGAUGAUCCGUGCUGAAUAUCGGAAGGUGUACCACUUGCUUUUCGAGGAAGAGAGACGUUAUUUAGAGAGAAUGGAAAAAGAAAGCAACGAGAUUUUACAACAACUCAGAGCAAGUGAGGACAGCAUGGACCAAAAGGGAAAACUCCUAAGAGGAAUGUAUGAGGACCUCAAGAAAACGUGUCAUAAACCAGACGUGGAGCUGCUCCAGCAUUUUGAAAACACUUUAAAAAGGAGUGAGUCAGUGCAGCUGCACAUGCCCCAACCUGUGGAUCCACGGCUCAGUUCAUGGCCCAUCACGGGGCUGAUAGAGAGACUCAACCAUUUUCUUGUGCCCAUUUUUUUUGAAAAUGAAACAACGACCUGUCACAUGCCGCUGUUUGAAGAUCUGAGACGUUGGCUCUCCAGUCGCGAUCAUCCUGACGUUGUCACUAAUGCAACAAGAUCAAAAUACUUUCUGGCAUGGGGAGCCCAGACAUUUACCUGUGGUCAGCAUUACUGGGAGGUGGAUGUGGGGAACUGUCAGAACUGGGCCCUUGGAUUUUGCGAUGAUUCUUGGACAAUGAGGAAUGACAUGGCGCUUGACUCAGAGGGGAUUUUUCUACUCUUUUGUAUCAAAGAGGACAACCAGUGUCGUCUCUUUAGCUCCUCCCCACUGUCGCCUCAAUAUGUAGAAAGGCCUCUGGGCCACGUGGGGGUGUUCCUGGAUUAUGAGUGUGGUGUGGUGAGCUUUGUGAACGUGGCCAAUUGCUCCCUCAUUUGCAGUUUCCUCUCACGUUCCUUCUGUCUUCCUCUCCGACCCUUUCUAUGCUCUGCACCCUCGUGAGGAGGGACAUGUCAGAAAGUGACCGCAAGCGUCAGCUCAGCGAAGUGCCUGCUUGAUGGUCUUCAACAUCUUCCUUUAUCCAACCCAUUGACUAUUUUUAAAGGUUGAUAAUUACAAGCGUAUACAUUUGUUUCCAUUGUAUUUAAAUAAAAACAAUCUCUCUUAGAGGUUGAUGCUAUCUUUA